UCCAACUUAUGGCAUCCCAACUCUGAUGAGAUCAGACAAUGGGACCCAUUUUGUAAAUGAUGUAAUUAACAAAGUCUCAGAAGCACUAGGAUUUAAUAUCAAAAACCACUGUGCCUAUCAUCCACAAAGUGCAGGAUUAGUAGAAAGAACAAAUGGUACAAUCAAGCAGAGACUAAGGAAGUGUAUGGAAGAAACAGGAAGACCGUGGCCUGAAUGUGUAGGCCUGGUAAAAAUGUGGAUGAGAUUAACACAAGGAUCCCAGAAGCUCACACCAUUUGAGAUCAUCCAUGGUAGACCGUUUCCACUACCUAUAACAAGUGAACCUUUAACUAAAUCUUUUAGAGAAACCACAUUAGCAGAAUGGAUGACUAAACUGCUAGAAAACAAAGAAAUCGUUCUGAAUAACAAACUGCCAGAGGACUUUUCUCCAGUGUCUUGCAGGUUGAAGCCAGGUGAUUGGAUCCUAAUCAAGGUGCUCCAGAGGAAAAAUUGGAGUUCACCCCGUUGGGAAGGACCUUACCAAGUGCUUCUAACCACUCCCACAGCAUGUAAGAUCGCGGAGCGACCAUCCUGGAUACAUCAACGCCCCUGCCCUCUGGUGAUCCAAAAGGUGGAGGAAGGGCUGAUUGGGUAUAUCCCGCCCUUUUGCUUCUUGCCUCUGGUCUACUUAUCAGAGGGGUCAGGUGUAUCAGGUCAUCAUGAAGCUGCUUUUGAUCUCACUGACAUUGGCAGCCCUGGUCGCAGGAUGUCUAAUACUGCUCAGGAAGAACGAUGGACCUGGCAAGAAAAGAGCCUGGACACAUGAUAAUUCACAUCACUAUACAAUGAUACAAGACAAUAUCCACCCUUGGAUGAACAACGCAUGGUAUCGGUACAUACAUGACAGCACACCCACCAAAGACUGUUAUGUCUGCUCACAUAUGCCACCAACAACACAAUAUGCAACACUGUAUGGCAAAGCAAUGAACAUGACUCAGGUGAAGUGUGCAGCAAGCUACGCCAGUCUCGGGUAUCAGUACUCUGGAAUUGUGAUCAACCACAACGAACCUUCGAAAAUAGGAUUACGAAAUGGCACGUGCGAUGAAUGGUUCUGGGUCGACCUGAAGGUGAAACAAAGGAACAAGGCUGGGUCAUUUCCAGUCUUUCUCGAAAACCCUGGAAAUUGGGAUCAUACCUUGUGCUACCGCCAGUCUAAGGGAACUAUAGACAUGGGAAACACCACCAACUGCAAAGCAGUAGUGACGCAUGCUCUUGGAGGACCAGUGAAGAACAAUGACAUUUCCAAUGGCACCUAUUGGGUGCAGGGAAUGGCCUGGCUAUGUGGACAGCGGGCCUAUUUCACUCUCCCCCAGAACUGGACGGGUAUGUGUGCUCCAAUCUUCAUAUCUGAUCACACGUUUAAAAUAACUACUGACGAUACAUCACUCAAAAGAGGGAAGAGAUCAGUUGACACUCCAGACCCGAAACCGCAUGACCCAAUAUGGGGCUCUGACGUCCCACAGGAAUUCAAGCUUUGGACUACAGGACAGAAAGUGGCUGAGGAUCGAGACAUUGAACUAUCGAUUUGGAUUGUUCCUGAAUACAUCAUGUCAUGUCAAUGA